AUGAUAAAGGGAAACGAAGGGAAAGAUCUUGUUACUGCCGAGGGUCAAUUUGGGACAUCAUACUAUAUGUCACACAUUGCAUAUUUAUUCUUAAGUUUCCCUGUUCUUUCAUUUGCUUGGUUUUUACUGGGACAUUUCUUUGAAGUCACUAUCGAAGGGCGGUCAUCACAAAUCACGCGUGAGGAUUGCUUGAACUUCACAUUGGACGAACCUAACAGAUAA